AUGGCAAGGGUUGCCCAAAUAGCUGUUUCCCCGAGUCACAACAUCCAGCCGCUAGAUCGCCACGAGGGGGUGGGAAAGAAUGGGACAACUGUAGCUCCUCAGCUUGCGGAUGCAAAGGACAAACAACCCGACAGCGGACCACAGCAUGCCCAUCCCAAUCCACGCGCAACCAAGGGCAAAUAUCGCCAUUUCGCCGCAUACCACUCCCACCCCCGCGUUUCCUGUCUGAGUCGUGAUUCGGAGACUACCCCAAGCUUCCUUGGGUUCCGGAACCUGAUGGUUCUUGUGUUGAUUGUUAUGAAUCUACGUUUAAUUGUCGAGAAUUUUAUGAAGUAUGGUGUCCUCAUCUGUAUUCGGUGCCACGACUAUCGAAAACAGGAUGUCAUUCUCGGCGCUAUACUCUUCGCGCUCGUCCCCUGCCAUCUCUUCGUGGCAUAUGUAAUUGAGUGCGCCGCGGCGCAUGAGGUCAAGGGAGCCAUUGGUCGCAUAAAACGAAAGGAAUCGGAGGAAGAAAAUACUCAGGAACAGCUGGCGUUCCGAUCAGCAUGGAUAUAUAUCGCUUUUGCACAUAUUUUGAACGCCUGUCUAUGUCUCCUCUUCACCAGUUACGCAGUUUACUACUAUGUCAACCACCCUGGCAUCGGAACACUCUGCGAGGUCCACGUCAUCGUCGUUUGGCUGAAGAUAUGCUCCUAUGCCUUCACCAACCGAGACCUCCGCCACGAAGCUCUACACUCAUCUUCCACCUCCCCGCUCCCAGAAAUCUACCAGUCUCUCCCUUACCCACGAAACAUCACCGUUAAAAACCUAACCUAUUUCUGGCUCGCCCCAACCCUGGUAUACCAGCCCGUAUACCCCCGCACAGAACGCAUUAGAUGGUCCUUCGUCGCCAAACGCGUCAUGGAGAUGAUCGGGCUCUCCGUCUUCAUCUGGCUCACCUCCGCCCAAUACGCAACCCCCGUCCUCCGCAACUCGCUAGAAAAGAUCGCAACCCUCGAUCUAACCUCCAUCAUCGAGCGCGUCAUGAAACUCUCCACAAUAUCCCUCAUAAUCUGGCUCGCGGGCUUCUUCGCCCUGUUCCAAUCCUCCCUCAACGCCCUCGCAGAGGUCAUGCGUUUUGGCGACCGCGAGUUCUACACCGAAUGGUGGAACAGCCCCAGUGUGGGCACCUACUGGCGUACGUGGAAUAAGCCCGUGUACCAUUUUAUGCGGCGGCAUAUCUUCUCGCCGCUCGUGGGAAGGGGGUGGAGCCCCUUUGCCGCCAGCGUUGUGGUUUUCACCUUCAGCGGAAUACUGCAUGAAUUGCUUGUGGGGAUUCCCACACAUAACGUGAUAGGCGUCGCCUUCGCCGGCAUGGUCCUCCAACUCCCACUAAUCGCAGCAACGCUACCGCUCGAGAAGAUGAACGGUCCUACGGGAAAAAUCAUUGAAGGAUUAGUGGUUCGCAACAUCGCACGUGCUGAAGAGGAGGAAUUUGUAUAUGUUUUGACAAAUGACUCCGAGAAUAUUUUGAACUGA